CCCACCCCCCCACUUCUCCCGGCGUGCACCGCGCCCGCGCUGGCUGUCUCUGGCCACGUCCCCGGGCCACGUCGCUCGGUGUCCGCUGCGCUCUCGCCAUCUUCGGUCCGGUCGCCGGCUCCUCUCCCCGCUUCUCCUCCUCCUCCUCCUCUUCCUCCAGCGCGGCCGCCGGCGCCAUGAACGUCUUCCGCCUCACCGGGGACCUCUCCCACCUGGCGGCCAUCAUCAUCCUCCUCCUCAAGAUCUGGAAGACCCGCUCGUGCGCCGGUGCGUCGGGCUCGGCGGGCGGUUGGCGAGGCUGAGGCGGCGCGAGGGACGUCGACCCCCGGCCGUGGGGGGGGGGGAGGGACCCGCCUCGGCCCCUCGCCUCGGGGGGGGAGUGGGGGGGAUGGUGGUCCUGCCCCCUCGUCACACUGCGAAACGAGCGGGGAAAUUUGGGGGUGCAGAUUUUUUGGGGGGUGUGAUUCUCUCCUCCCUAUGGGGUUUCCUUUCAGAGACUUUGGUUUGGGGAGUGGGGAGGGUGCGUCCCUCUUGCCACCCCCCUUUUUAUGCUUGCCUUCAGUGGAGGGGGGAUUUGGAUGGGGUGCUCCCCAUGCCCUCUUGUUUUAUGGGGGUAGUUCGCCUCCUUCAGUUGUGGUGGAGCCUGACUGAGGAGGGAGUGCCUAAUUUGGGGGUGGUGCCCCCAUAUUCUUCUCUGUGUGUGUUGGCGGAGCAAGCUUGGCUGAUUAUGGGAUGUUGAGGUGGAGCGAUUUCCAACCCUCCCACCCCCACAAAAAAUGCUGUCUCCUGUGUGUCGAGUUGGGCAAGAACGUCAGAUGAGGGGCAAUUUUGGGGGUGUGGAGGUGGGUGGGUGGUGAUGGGGUGGAGAUUUCUUGUAAGUGAGGAGCUUAUGGGAGGCUAGAGCAGGUUAGGAAUUUGGGGGUACUCAUUUGGGGGGGAGUGAUGGGUUCCCCCACCUACUCUUGUAUUUGGUGAGGGUUUGGUGUAAUUGUGGAAGCUCAUGGAAUGCUUGCAGGGGGGGUUGUGAUGCUGAUUUGGGGACCGUAUUCCUGCCAUGCCUCCUACUUCUAAAGGGGGAGAUCUGAGAAGUGACUUCUUUUAAAGGUUAUGGGAUGUUGCAUUAAGUGGAGUUGUCUGCUAGAGAAAACUUGUGGGGUACUGCAGAGUGGGGCCAGUGUAGUUCAGUGCUCGAGUGUUGAACUAGGGCCAGGUUCAAAUUCCUGGUGGAGGUUGUCAGGUGACCUUAGACCUCUCUGAACUGUAACUGCCUUCACAGGAUUGUUGCUAGGGUAAGGAUGUGGGAGAUCAUGUGUUUUGCUCCUGAGUUCCUUGGAGGAAGAAUGUAAUAUGUGAUAAAAUAUAUUGAUUGGGGGUCACUCCUGCAGUUGCAUCAAAUAGAGUUGGUAAGCCUAUACUGCACUGGAAGCUGUGAAGUCUAGAGAGUAGAGGUUACGGUCACUGCUUUCAAAAAGGGGAGGGUAGGACAACUCUAUGAAUAUCUUUGAAAGGGUAUCCUGAAAACAGGGCUUUAUGUUCAUUAUACGUAUGGGAUAUAUUUGUUGAUGAAGAUCCCAUCGGAGUGAACUAAGUGCACAAACGGUUUGAGGUUUUAUUUUUCUUUUAAUAGUGUUGUAGGUAGAGAGAUUUCAUAGUGCUAGUGAAAUGAAGCUAUGUCGGUAGAGACUCGGAAUGAGUCAAAAUCUAGGCAACCUGAUUUGCUAACUCCUCCAUAAUGAUGAAUAUUCAGGUCAAAUAACUUUGUUAUCUCUUUCUUGCUUCAAGAAGAAAGAGCACAAUAAUAUAAAUGAGAUGAAUGAACAGAUUAAGUGCCUUCUUAGCACACAGUGAUGUAGUAGGUGAAAGAAAAUUCCUGGAGCAGCAUUCAAGCCCAAGCAAAAUCAUGGUACAGUGUGAAGGGAGCUGCAGGAAAUAUGACUUUCUCUCUCUCUCCCCGUCCUACCAUUCAGACAUCGUAUUCAUUUUGAGGCAGUUGUGCACAAAUAGAAUGAAUGGACUUAAAGCAAAGGGGAUGGUAGUUUGCUUUCCUGAGGCUAGAACUUCCCUUUCAGAUUCUGGACUUGCAGGAAAAAAUGAGUUUUACCAUCCUAAUCAAGAUGCAUUGUCUUUUUGCAGUAGUUCUGAAAUCGAAGACAUAUGACAUAGCCUAAAUUGUGCUUUUCUGAGUGCUUUGCAGAAACAGCAGGUUUUUAUGCAUAAUUUGCAAGUUCCAAGGUUGUUCUUCUGAACUCUGGAACCUCUGUUUAUAGACUUUCAUGCUAGACCCUUUAUUUAUUUGUAACUGAAGGGGUUAACCUGUGAUCCGACUUGAUCUGAGAGCUUGGCAAGCUCUUUUACUUGCAUUGCCAGGUGCAUUUGAAAAUUGGAAGCAAAUGACUGAAUCAAGGCUUGGGAGAAUAGGCUCUCAAUUGGGAUUCCUGGCCUAGUCUGACGUGGCAGCUAACAGAAGGUGUGGUGAACAGAGCGGCCUGGAAGAGAGAGAUCAGUUGUAUUCUUGCUGCACCCCAUGUCAUUUCCUCAAUAGAAACUUAUUCAACUGAAGAAAUCCCUGGUUAUGUUGCAAAACAAAACUUGUUCCCAAAAGGGCUGUUUUAAUCUCUUAUUUUGAAGAUAGAUUUUUGUUAUUUUAACCUAGAAAUGAGAAUUUACUCACUCUGAUGCUUCUGUGUGCCUGUUUGUUUACAGCAUUUACACCCUGAUUUUAGUCUCAGAAUAGAUUUUUGUAAGUUGCUUUAAGAUGGCACACCCUUAGGCUCACAGUCUAAAAAGACAAGACAUGACAGGUGAGGGAAAAGGAAGGGAGGAAAGGAAAGCAAGCUCAGUCACAAGUUUUUUAAGCCGCUGAAGCUAUUCAGUACAUUUCACUUAGACGCACUGUCCUUGUUUAUCCUGCAUUGAUGGUUUGACUUUGAACUGUGUUCUUAUGUCUAAAUACUAUUCUAGACUGAUUCUGUGUUGGUAAUUUUGUUUGUAGUCUUUAUGAUCAAGCCAAGUAGAUUUUGAACUGUGAACUUUGUAAGGCAGAGGAAAUGCUAUCUGAUGGCAAAAUGCAUCACUCACAGUUGACUAAUUCCUGGGAAUUUAAUAGAGCUCUUUUUAAAGCUGCAGACUGGAGUUAUUGUAGAGAAGUAGCCAGAGUUUGAAUAGACCAUGAGUCCCCUCAUAUGCAGAACAGUUUAGAGUUAGAAUUCAUUCACUUUAUAUAUAUUUCUGUUUUGUAACCAAGCAGUCUUCUUAUCCCUACAGCUUGAUGAUAUGGCAUUCUUAUGUAAAAGUAAGGCUUGUUGACCACAGGGCAGCUUAGUCCUUAGUAAGCUUAUAUAAACUUAUAUAAAUAUUGUAAACUGGCUGCAAUCAUGUAUACAUGUGUGCUUGGGAGUAAACCUCAAUGAACUGAAACUUCACUUUUUGAUAAGGAUUGAGCAGUUAUAUAUGCAAAGGCACCUGUUUUAAUAGCAUGUUAAUAGCUAUUAAAUUAAAUAGCUAUUAGAGUAUGACCCAUUCACUGUUAAACUUUGUUCCAUGUACUAUCCUAGCCUGCAUACAGCUUAUUGUAUAUUUAUUUUGAAUGCCUAUAACACUACGUAUUCAUAGUGCAUUCAACACUAGCAAGCCCAUAAGGAGCAAGUGAGAUCUGGGUACUUGGGAGACAGCUUAUUGUGCCUUUGAGCAAAGCAUCAUUGGAACAAUUGGUUGUACCCUUUCUGACUACUAUUUUGCCCCAGAGCAGGGAUAACCAGUGUGGUGUCAUCCAGAAGUUGUUUGGACCACAACUCACAUCAGCCUCAGGCAGCAUAGGCAAUGGUCAGAAAUGAUGGGAGUUGGAAAUCCAGGAACAUCUGAAGGGCACCAUGUUGACUACCCCUGCCUCAAGGUGUCCUUGCAAAGGGGGAAGGUGGGAGGAAGCUAGCAGAGUAUAUGUAGUGAGGUCAUGUUUGGGUAGGGAUCCUUUGCAAAUCAAUUAAUGCAAAAACUUUCAUAACCAGAAUAGUUUAUUCUUCUAGGGGCUUAGUGUUAUCACUUCCUAAGACUGACAAGAAAAAAUUGUUUAGCACCGGCAUUGUUAGUGUAAUGUGAAAUAGUUACAUUGAGUCUAAGUGUAUUACUUCUAGAGAAUGCUGGCAACCAGCAGAGAUACGCAGCCUCCCAAAUUUAAGCUUUUAAAAGCUAAUGUUCAAAACAAAGAUACUUGCUUAUUCUUUAACACAAUUUCUUUUUGAAUAAGCACUGUCGAUCGAAAGAAAACAAUUGCAUCAAGAUGAGAGAGGGAGAGUAGAUGACAUUCUGACAUUUCACAGGAAAAUGCUUAAGAAAAACAACUAUAACGGGGAAUAUUAUUAACAUCUACUUCCCUUUUGAAUAAAAGACAUCAGAUAUUGUAAUGAAUUAAAAUGAUACAAAUAUGAACUGUCAUGGGGCUACUGAAAUAAAAGGUAAUGUAUCUGGCACUAAGAGUACUUAUAAGCAACAAGAGGGCUCUAAGAGUACAGUUGUACCUCUGCUUACGUAUCCCUCUGGAUACGUAAUCUUCGGGAUGUGAACGCGGCAAACCCAGAAGUAUUUUUCUGGGUUUCGCCGCAUGCGCAGAAGUGGUCCUCUGGUUGCAAAUUCCUCAGGAUGCAGCUGGACCUCUGGAACAGAUACCGUUUGCAACCAGAGGUACCACUGUAACUUAAAAAUUGGGACCUGUGGUAAGUUUUUGGUUGUUGAACACUUCUUCCUUAGUAUUGGACAUCUAAUUCUCAUGCUUCCAUCAGCACCCUUUCUCAUCAGAGGGAAAAACAAGAGACUGCAAGGUCAGUUAGCUCAGCCAGCACCAAUUGCUGUUUGACUCCUUCCACCUCAGAACUUUCUCCCUUGGUGGCCAUUGAGUCUGGUCAUUACAACAAUUACAUGACACUCUGUGCCUGGUUUUCAUUCCCUUUUCCAUUUGUAACAAGUAUAUUGGAUUGUAUACCAUUUUUUGAAUGCAUUGGCAGAAAGGUGGUAUCUAAACAGUUGCCUUGACAAAAUAGCACGACAGAACAGGCUGAGUCAUAGAGUGCAUCCAUGCUUUUGUUUUAUGUUGCUGAAAAAUGCAACCUCUGUUGCUUGCUUUGUUCACAUUGAGCUGAAUGGAGCAGAGCUAAUAAAUAGGCACGUGCUGCCACAUUAUGACAAUGUAAUGAGGCAUGUAUUGUAAUCAACACCUAUUUUACAUGAAGUGAGACAAUCUUUACAAAAAUGUGGUCUCUGAACUUAACUGUAGUGAGGUUUUUUUUAAUGACUUGCCCAUCAGAGUUUCAGUUAUAGACACACUUCAGUGGGAGAUAGGAAGCAUGUAAAUGUGCUCAAGAUUGAUGUCUAGUGUUGUGUUAUCACCCACUGUGUCCUGCCUGAGGGACUCUCAAUGCAGAUGGUUCUUCAGGUAUAGGGCAUGGAAGAUGUCUCAGUGGGAAUUUCUCACUGUUUGGGAUCAGAUCUGGUAGUGGGCCCUGCCUAGGUUAGAUAGCUUCAUUGUGACCAUGAUGGGAGUUGGGUAGAAGGAAGACCCUAGGAACUGGGCUGGGAUGGUAAUUGACUGUAUGCUUAUUUAAUAUCAGAAGGGUUUGAGUGAAAGGUGGGGGUCCAAGUGAUGAUAUGGCAUCUUCCAUUAGUUUGGGAGUGGAAUUGGGUCUUAUGAACGCAGAGGCUGAUACAGACCCAACUGCUUUCUUUAGUCACUCACCUGGAAGAGAGGAUCUCACAUCUUUCCAGCCAUAGUUUAGGUUUCCAAGGCUGCUAAGGACACAGCACUGGGAUACCCUCUCUCUGGCUGACAUAAAAAUAAUAAAUUGAAAUGGCAUACAUAUGCCAUACACCUGGAUUUUCCCAGACAUUACUGGGAUUUCAAAUGCGGAAUUGACAUUGAAAGGUCCAAUAAUAUUGUAAUAUUGUAAAAAAAAAAAGCUCAACAACUUUUGGAGUAGGCAAAAUGCCCACAACCAGCUGAUGGUCAGCUUUGAUACACAGUGAUUCCUGAUCAGUGCUACUGAACCAUUUCUGGGGCAGAGCAUAGAAAGACAUUCUGUGAGUGACAGUGGUCCACAGGACUAUCCCUAGUUCUCUUCAUUGUUGCAUUUUGUUGUUGUUGCUCUCCAGUGACUAGUAUUCAGUGAACCUAGCUUCUUUUAUGAUAAAUCUUCCUUUUGCUCAUAUGCAGAGGGUUUAUGAUUUGACCUGUUCAGUAUGGUGCCUGGUACAUUGUUGGUUAUGAAUAAAAAGCUGAAUAGUAGCAAAAGAGGUAGGUAGCAGAAAAUUGCUAGCAAUAGAUGGUAAUAUAUGAAACUUCUGGGUUUUGAAUCUGGAGCUCAGAUUACCAUAAGGUUCUGUUGCAAUGCAGCGGUGGGUGUGCAGUGAAUCUUGGUGUUUGAACUAAGAUAAUUCACAUGGCUUGGGUUUUUAAAUACCCUUUCUCACAUGACUUCUUUUUAUUCCUUUAGGUAUAUCUGGGAAAAGCCAGCUUCUCUUUGCACUGGUGUUCACCACUCGUUACCUGGAUCUCUUCACUUCAUUCAUUUCUUUUUAUAACACUUCUAUGAAGGUAUGAUACAUUCAAUAUGCAAGAGGGGCUACUGAAUUUUCUCCACAUACCUCUUAAUGAAUUCGCCUCCAUGGUAAUUUCGCGUAAAGGCUGAAAGAAAAUUCAAAUGUGCUUCUCCCUGUUCAUGUUAAAGUUAACGUGAGUCUGCUGAUUAAAAAAACAACAACCACUGUGUUGCAGCCGUAGGGAAGAAGCAGGUUUGCAAAUGCCACAAUAAAUUACCUUUGUAUUGCCAGUCAUCUGCAGUGUCUUGAGUCAUACGAGUUUCACUCCUAGAUGACAGCUUUCUCUGUUUUACACAUGGAUAAGCUGUUUUGCCUGAAAGGGUUGAAGUCAGCUCUUGAGGCAGUUUGCUGCAUUGCCUCAUGGUCACAACUUAGUUUGUCCUCCAAUAGCUUGAUCAGGUUCCCCCAGUUUUAUUAUCACUAUGACUAUGUUCUUUAAAAUUCCUACAAAGUAUCUGACCAGCAACAAAGCCAGGGACUAUUUUGUGUCCCUGGAGUAUGCCCGACUCUGGGGCUGAUGCAGCCCUUAGGUGGGGUGAGGGUGCAGCCUCAGGCAGUGGGAGCCCCCACGGCAGUGCCCCUACAGAUGCCUCACCUACCCCACCACAACCAGCACUGGUGCUGGUUUUGGGCAAGAUCAAAAUGGUGUGAGAUCUUGCAGAGCAUGCAAGAUCUCACCCAAUAUUGGCGUGGAGGUGUUGAGGCAGGCAGUGCAAGGUGGCAGCGACAGGGCAGAGUGGCACUUCACAUUUUGCCUUAAGUGGCGAAAUGGGAUGUGCCACCCCUGUCUGACUCUUCACCUUCUGAGGACUCUGUGCCUUACUUGAGGGGUUUCUUAGUUUUGGAGCAGAAGAACCAGGUGUGUAUAUAUGUGAUCAUCCCAGUGCCUUUGGCCUUUGGAAAAAGAAAAGGUUCAUGAAAUGUAUAUGGUCCUCAGACAGAGUGCCUUGCUAAUUAGUAUCUAUUUGCUUUGCAAAACUGUCUUUAGGUUUCUUUUCAAGAAAUGAAAGAAGACUAAAGGUGAUGGGGAUGACAGUCAAGUUAGAGGGGAGUGGGAACGGUGUUCGGAACAGCAGUAGAACUCUGCCUUGUGUCUCCUGGAAGCACUCCUUAUUGCCCCCCCCCCCCCGCGGUUAUACUUUUAAAAUGGAAACUGAAAUUCUUAAGAUGGUAAAAUCUGUGUUGUAGUAGGGAUGUCUUGAAUGUAUGGCAACGUGCUCAAACGGACCUGCCUUAAUUGGAUGCACAUGACCUUUUUACAGCUCUCUUAGUCAACUUCCAUAAGUUCAAUACACCAGCUGCUCCACAAGCAGGCAUUCAGCAAUCCUGACUUGGAAGCUUUGCUGGGAGAGCGUGGUGGAGAAAGCCAACCUUGAGCAAAACCCACUUUCAAGGCUGGGUUUCUGGUGGACUUCCAUUUUGAUAUUAAUGUGAAUGUUUGCUUAUGCAAUUCUGACUACAAAUACAUGAAGGGGAUGAGUAUUGGUUGGGCUCGAGGAUGAGUCUGGCGUACUUGUGCUUAUAUAUAUGCUCUCUCAAGCAGCUGAAUUUUUAUUGGAUUCCAAUGUAUGCUGGUUGUGUUAUGAAAUAUUUAUAUGAAUUGUGAGCUAAGUAAAAUGACUUGGUGUAAAGAGUUACACCUGUAAUACAAAAAGAUAAAAAAGCAGGUCCAAUGAAGGGUAUGGAAGCACUUGGUGCUGCAGAACCACUGGUGCUAAACAGAUGUGUAGAUCUGAUUUGUCCCCUGGUUUUGGGAUCACCCCAUAUGAAAGGAUGAUAGAAUAAAAAAGUGAUUAGAAGCUUGUCUCAAACUGUCAUUGAAUGCUUGUUGCUACUAAUGAGGAGUGCUUAUCUGUACUUAAUUCAUUUUCCUUAGAACUGUCAAAAAUUCCCUGUCUAGUCAGGGAAACACAAUGGUCAUAAUUGCAUCUUGUUCACACAGCUUUCUUCAUGUCUGUGAGCCCUAGAAUAAGGGCUGAUCCUCUAUCUGAUUCUAGUUUUAAUUUGGUCUACCAGAAAACUGUUUGCCCAGCUUUUUUUCUAUUCAUGAUGUGCAAAGAAUCCACAAAUCCUUCAACUUUAAUUACUUUGAAGUAAAUGAUACUGAAAUGUUUAUGGAGCCGUGCUUAGUCACAACCAGACUAUUUUCGAAUGUUCGUUCAAAUCUCUUGCUAUUAGCCAGUUGUGUAGUCUGUAAAGACAAAAAUAUGAACCUGCCAUUUUACUGAUGAAAGGUUGGCUUCAAACUUAGAAUUGUUAGAGUAGACCCAUCAAUGGGACAAGCUUGUCAUGACUAACAUAAGCUCCAUUGAUUCCCGUGUGUUUACUCCAAGCAUGACUAAGUCUGGAUCCAACCCCAAAUAAUUAUCCUCUUUUGAUUCUUUGACGGAGUAGAACCACCAUAAUGACAGGAGAAGGUAAAGAAGAUCCAAUGUCUACCCUACUUAUGAUGGGGAUGCAGCUUGAAAUCCUGGGAGGCUAUGGAAUUGGCAGUGCCAUCUUUUAUAUAGCCUGCCCUUUUCUCACCUGUGGACCCAGGAACAGGGGGAGUGACACCCAGAUAUCUGUGUGUGCUUUGCUUGCUUAUGCAAGUGUAUGUGCAAAUGCCAAAAGGAGGCACAAGAGAAUUGGCAAGGAACAACCUUGGCAAUCCCAGGAGGUUCAGUUUGCUUCCUUGUUUGUAGCUUUUGCUGUAGUCUGAAGUCUCUUUUAUGCAAAUGUUUGCAAGUAACUGAAUUGAUCAGGCCCUGAUGCACUGUUACUGUUGCUUGAAAUUCUGCUAUAUGUUCUGUAGCAAUUUUAAUGUUUGGAUUUUAAUAUUGCGUUCUUUUAUUAUUAUAAUUCAUUGUAUUUUUGUAUGAAGCUAUUGCGUGCCAUCCUACAAUCAUUUCAAUGAAAGGCAGCUAGCAAAUCCAGUGAAGAAAUUGGUUUAACCUAAGGGUGGGAUCUUGUGGCCCUCUAAAUGUUGUGGACUCCCACUCCCAUCAGGCCCACUAAACAUCAAAUUGACUACAGAACCCCAUUGCCUGAGCAGGCCCGUCACCUGUAAAAUUAACCAGCAUCUCUUAAUUUUCUUCUAGUCGGACCGCUUUGAAUUUAUGUCUUUCCCCCCCAAGUGUAACUUUAUCCAAACCAUGUUUCUUUUUUAUCUUAAUAAUCAUAACCAGUAGUUAUUGGUGAGUUUUCUCCAGGCUAGCCCUGGCUUUUGCACUUUCCAGAUGUUACUGUUGUUGGCAUCCUGGCCACUGCUUUCUAGGGAUUUUUCUGUGACUCAUUGGCUACUUGAAUACCACCUCUGGGAUGGUGACUCAUGCUGUCCUUUCUGUGGGCUGCAGUGCAUGGAAACUAGGUUCCGCUUGUUGAAGUGUUCUAAGUAUUAGUUCCCUGAGAAUAUGCUUACAGAUGGUGAAUGGAGAACCUUGAACAUUUCGCCUGGGGUUGCUGUGGCCUAGUUAGUUAAGCAGUGACCUGGAUUCCACAUCCUACACAAUUUUGUGUGACCUUCAGCAAGUCAUUUAAUUUUUCUUAGCCUCAGCCUUCUCCACUUGAUAAUGAAGUCUGUGUACAGUAUUUUUAUCAUGAACGUAAUGAAGCCCAGUUUCCUCAAGGUAACCUCUUCUGGAUGAAGCCCUGAAAACAGAAGCUGGGAGCUGCCCCUUUAACUGUAGGCUCAUUAACUACGUUGGAUGCCUCUUGUGUUAACAAACCCACUACCAAUGAAGUACCGUAUUUUUCGCCCUAUAGGACACACUUUUUCCCCUCCAAAAAUGAAGGGGAAAUGUGUGUGCGUCCUAUGGGGCGAAUGCAGGCUUUCACUGAAGCGUGGAGCGCGAGAGGGGUCGGUGCACACCGACCCCUCUGGCUCUCCAGGCUUCAGGAAGCUAUCCGCAAGCCUGCGGAGCCCGGCGGGAAUCCAUUCCGCUUGCUGUCAUGGCUUCUUUGCUCUUUGGGGCUCGGGGGGGAAAUAAUUUUUUUUCUUUAUUCCCUCCCCCCCCAAAAAAUAAGUGCACCCUAUGGGCCGGUGCGCCCUAUAGGGCGAAAAAUACGGUACUUUUCAAAUAUACUAAAGCAGAAUAUGUGUAUAAUUCAGAUAGUGAUCUGAACCCACUUCCAAUCUAAUCUAUGCAUGUCACCUGGAAGAACCAGGAGCUGCAGGCUGCCUAGCUGAAGUGGUGCCUGUCCCUGAGAGACCAUGACAUCUGCUGCUGCCUGGCCCUGGUUGCCAGGCCAUUAUUUCAGAUUGGUUGCUAUUCUCCUCAGUAGUCAUAAAGAGAGCAGCAUCAGUUAAAAUAUUCACUACAGUGGUGUAAUGAAACUCCUGAGAGUGGACACUUUAUACCAGGGGUCAGAAACUUUUUCAGCAGGGGGCCGGUCCACUGUUCCUCAGAUCUUGUGGGGGGCCGGACUAUAUUUAUUUGGGGGGGGGGGAAUGAACGAAUUCCUAUGCCCCACAAAUAACUCAGAGAUACCUUUUAAAUAAAAGCACACAUUCUACUCAUAUAAAAACACGCUGAUUCCCAGACCGUCCGCAGGCCAGAUUUAGAAGGCGAUUAGGCCGGAUCUGGCCCCCGGGCCUUAGUUUGCCUACCCAUGCUUUAUACCAACGGUUCCUAAAAUUUCCCCUCCCAUGGACCACUUGAAAAUCCCAAGGGUCUGGCUUGGCAGACCACAAUGCUUUUUUGGGGUGGGGCUGCUGUAGCUAUUAUAAUGUGCUGUGCAGAUGUUGUAUGGUUUUAAAUUUAUUUUUAAUCCAUUUAUUUAGAGUAUUUGUACCCCAGGCUUUAGCCGAAAAGACUCUCGGAGUGCUUGACAUACAAUCAAUUAAAACAAGGCAUUUCCUGCCCUGUCAGCUUACAAUCUAAAGAACAAGGGGAAAGGGACAGGGAGUAAAGAGGAAAAGGGCAAACUCAAGCACCAAUUCUUAAAUGGUAGUUCUUCUAAUAGCCAGCUAGCACAAAAACAGCUCAGGAGCAGGAAGCAGGAGAUGGAAUCCAGGCAUAGACAAACUCGGCCCUCCAGAUGUUUUGGGACUGCAAUUCCCAUGAUCCUUAGCUAACAGGACCAGUGGUCAGGGAUGAUGGGAGUUGUAGUCCCAAAAAAUCUGGAGGGCCGAGUUUGCCUAUGCCUGGAAUAGGCACUGCUUCCUGUUGCUCCCAGUAAGUAGAAAGGUUACAAACUGCAAUACAAUAAAAUGUGAUAUAAGAAAUAAAAGUUGCAAUAAAAAUCAAUAUGAAUAUUUAAUACAAUAGAUGUGCCACCGUACAUCCACAACAACUCCACAGAUAUAUCACAGAUCAAUCUGAAUGAAUCACUGGUGGCCCACAGACCACAGCUUUAAAUUUUAAAGUAACAGGCAUUUAUAAACUCCACAUGGCAAUCACUAUUUUAGGGUAAAAUGUUUCUAAGAAGUGGUUCUUGCUUCAGAACUGUCACUUUUACUCAUAUGCAGAUUUAAUAAAUGAUUGAUUUCCUCAGGCGAUGGCCAUAACGUUUUAACUUUCCAGACUUUCCAUGUUGGUGACACACUUUUUAGACGUGCAUCAUUUCAUAACAUAGUAAUUCAGUUUUAGUUAGUAAACGAACCCCUUUCCAGCCCCAGGAGGAACACAGGGAUCGUUCGCACAACAUACCUACAUACUGCAGCCAACACUCCAACAUAUCACGACACACAGUUUGGAAUGCCCUGUAUUAUUGUUUCUUUAUCAAUGACUGAUUUUGGAACCUAUAGAAAAUUGCAGAAAGAUUGUAUGGGAAAAGCCACUGCAGUAAAGCGAGCACAUGUUGCAGGUUUACUGUAAUUGCACCUUUUCUCACACAAAUGCUCCAGCUGCAGUAAGUAGGGGGACAGAAUCAAUGAGAUUUUACAACUUAAGCAUCUAUAGUUGAAGCUGCAGCAUUAGAAUUGACAAGAUUUACGUUGCUUUCAAGCCAUUAAAACUUGAGGCAAAGAUCCCACUUUCCUUAAACUUCUGAAGGAACCCAAAUCAAUCAGUUGGUAGGUAUGGGAGGGGGUGGGAACUGUACUUCCUUAUGUUCCAGGUAACCGUUUUCUAUGUUAAAAAAGAGCCGGUCCCCAGAAAAUGAAUAAUAGCUUUCCUGUUGUAGAUGGUGCAAUAUGUUGAUGAAUGUAACUGAGCAAAUGGGAGCAGGAAGGGGGACCAUGCUUCAAUGGUCAACAUUGUUCCUUGUUGUAUGUAUAAAAUGCUUUUUAUGGAGGAAACAGACUAAAAGCCUGAUAACUCAUCUGGGUCUUUUCCUUUCAGCUUAUCUACGUUGCCUGCUCGUAUGCCACAGUCUACCUGAUCUACAUGAAAUUUAAGGCUACCUAUGAUGGAAACCACGAUACAUUCAGAGUGGAGUUCCUUGUGGUUCCAGUUGGUGGGCUGUCUUUUCUUGUCAAUCAUGACUUCUCUCCCCUGGAGGUUAGUUUAUUCAUAAAGCGUUGGCUUCUGAAACAAUGUAAAGAGGACUUGGGUAACUGUGAAAUAAAGCAGAACACUUUGUUCUUUAUGCUGCAUCGUAAGCUUGAUGUUUCACUCAAAGCUGCACAGUUUGUUUGAUAUAGUAUUUGUGUGUGGUCCAGUGACUUAAAAGAGCUGGCGCUAGUUGUUUGGCUGGCUUAGAUUUUGCUUUGGUGGGCUGCUCCCAUAUAGUGCUGAAAAAUCCCAACCAGGUUUAAAAACAAAAUUCUUUAGGAAUUUUGAAAUCAACUUCUCCUAUAACCUUGCUUGUAAAAUGUCAUUAUCAAAAUCUGUGUGUGAUUCGGUGCAAAUUGCUUAUCUGGAUUUAGGCAAGGAUUUUUGUUUAAUGAGUCCAUGGGCUCCAAAAUUAUUCACGUGAAAGCUCAUUGGCACCUCUGUGCUGGUAGAAUUACCGUAUUUUUUGCACCAUAACACUCACUUUUUUCCUCCUAGAAAGUAAAGGGAAAUGUCUGUGCGUGUUAUAGAGCGAAUGCCUGCGGGUGGCGGGGGGGAUCUGCUGCAGUCGUGAGCAGAGGAUCCAUGGUUCCCCUUCCUUCCCUCCUCCGUGGUUACAAAAAAUGGAUCCACAUGGAUCCUCAGGAUUUUUGCAUUGGGCUACUCCAAACUCACUGUCAGAUCACAUGUCUGUGGCCACAGCAUGAACCACAAAAAUCAUAUAUCCACUAUUUCGUUUAGAAUAUUUUUUUUCUUGUUUUCCUCCUCUAAAAACUACGUGCGUGUUAUGGUCUGGUGCGUGUUAUAGAGCGAAAAAUACGGUAGGUUUAGUACGCCACAGAGAGCUCAGUGGUACACGAAGAAUCUGUGGUAGUUCAGUCGGUGGAGCACAAAAUCUUAAUUUCAGAACUGAAGGUCCAAGUCCCAUGUUGGGCAAAAAGAUUCUUCCAUUGCAGGGGGUGGACUAGAAUGACCCUCAUGGUUCCUUCCAACUCAGGAGAGCCUGGUUGAUUUCAGCCAACCGUAGUGGAGAGCAGAUGUAUAGGAACAUGCUAAAAUUCAAGCCCAGUUUGAUCUUCAGGCACAAAUGGGUGUUAAUCCUGAGUUAAUCCAGGAGAAGGUGGCUCCACUAUCGCUUCUGCAAUCUUAAACCAAAGCAAUACAGGGAUUGGAGUUAGAAGUAUAUCCAGUGGUCCCAGUUCAUACCAUUGUGUGUUGGUGGUCUUUCUUUGUAUCUGAGGAACAACGCAGUGACCAUAAUCCUAACUAUUUAAACGUAAUUAGUUACUCAGAUAUUUGUGGUGUGUUCAGUGCACUAAACAAAAACCUUGAAAAAUUGGUCUGGCUCUUAUGACCUUCACUUCAUGUAAUUUAAGUUCCUCAAAUAGAAGUUGAGAAGUCUUUGGUGCCAUCUGGGUAAUUUAAGGAGAACUACAAUUAUGUAAAGGGUGUGUUAAAAAGUAGGGAAAAUGGAAAAUAUAGGCAACAUGUAUACAUCUUAUAUUUUAGCUGAUCCAUGAAUUGCACAGGAAAACUUUCAUAUAUCAGUACUACCCACCUUAUUUCCUACUACAUUUUUAUUCUGCUUUCCUUUAGAGGAAAGCCUCUAAUUUCCUACCUUAUUUCCUACUACAUUUUAAUUCUGCUUUCCUUUAGAGGAAAGCCUUCUAAUAAAAGUAUCCCUACAUACCAUUUCAGGAUAGUACACUUAAAACAUGGACAAAAUUCCAUAGAGGUAUUGCUUUGGUUUUUACUAUUUCAAGCCACUACUAAUUUCACCCCAGUAUAUAAGUCACUGCGCUAUCAUAUUACAUACCAGACUUUCCUGCACCUGCCAUCAGUUUAUAGAGGUUUUAGAUUCUUCUUGUUUACCUAUGAAUAUCCAUUAUUUUGCUAAGAAGCUACUCUCCAGGACAAUAUGAUUCAGUCUUUUCCCAAAUAUGUUUAAAAAUUACAUGUGUGGGGUUUGCAGGUGAGAACUCGUUAUUACCAAAGUUAUUCCCAUCAUCUCUCUCAAAAUUCUUAAAUUUAAAAUUUAAAGUAAGUCCAUCAUGUGACAUAUCAUAUUAAAGCCCAUGAAGUUCUGAAGAGAUUUUUGUUUUUAGGUUUGAGGUAUCUCAAUUCUGGGUUGAGCUUUUAAGGUUUUUGUGUAGGGCAAAAUUGUCAAUUUAUUGAAAUUUCAACCCCUUAUAACUCACAAAUGGGAUGAGAUAAAAAAUUAAAAUUUUAGAUUUAAACUUAGUUUUGAUCAUUCAACAAGUGCACAGAAUAUUAAGAUAAUUGGAUGGCAAUUGGGUGGUAAAAAAGUUGGAUCACUUGAUAUGGAUUGACCCCUACUAGACGUGGAAGCUGCGAAGUGAUUGUAUCACUUUUACAUUUUUGUCUUGCUCUUUCAGAUCUUGUGGACCUUCUCCAUCUACUUGGAGUCCGUUGCUAUUCUCCCCCAACUUUUUAUGAUCAGUAAAACUGGGGAGGCAGAAACCAUCACUACUCACUAUCUUUUCUUCUUGGGCUUGUACCGUGCCUUGUACCUUAUCAACUGGAUUUGGCGCUACUACUUUGAGGGAUUCUUUGACCUUAUAGCUGUCGUUGCUGGUGUGGUCCAGACUAUUCUGUACUGUGACUUCUUCUAUUUGUAUGUUACAAAAGGUAAGGAGCGAGCCAUGGCCUUCCUGUUCUGUAGGCCUAAAGAUUUUAUGUAUUCUAGAUCCCUUGCACAUGCUUUCUGCAGUACAGUGGUACCUCGGGUUACAUAUGCUUCAGAUUGCAUACGCUUCAGGUUACAGACUCCGCUAACCCAGAAAUAGUACCUUGGGUUAAGAACUUUGCUUCAGGAUGAGAACAGAAAUUGUGCUCCAGCGGUGCAGCGGGAGGCCCCAUUAGCUAAAGUGGUGCUUCAGGUUAAGAACAGUUUCAGGUUAAGAACGGACCUCCGGAAUGAAUUAAGCACUUAACCCGAGAUACCACUGUAUAUUAAUGCUGUGUAUAAUAUUGUAGCUCUGUCACUCUUCCAAAUAAGCACAGCUCUUCAGUACUUUGGAGGUUGUGGGUGUGCUCUGGGGUUUCCCACUGUUGCGUAACACUAGAGUCAAAUGCAGCCAAGAUCUGAGUAUAUUUAUAACAAAGCAUUAUCUGCGAAACAACAUGAGAAUGGAUUGAAAUGUGGUUUUUGGUCCUGGUUUGCAGGGCAAGCAAAAGCCAUAGUUAGGUACAAGUGACGUGCAAACACAAUGGCUGAGUGGCAAGCUGAGCUUUGCUGCAAACCAGAAAGGGUGGAAUUGUUACACACAAGGGGAGAGUAAGUGAACCCAGUGGUCCUUCAAAGCUCAGUCCUGUAUGAAUGUGGUGCAGUUCAUCCAGUAUUGUCACCUCUUCCUUAUUUUGCCCCGGCUCAGCAGUCUGCAUUACCAGCCCAAUAUAAGCAAAGCAAAUGUAUUUUAAGUUUGCUUUGGAAUUCUUCUACAGUGGUACCUCGGUUAUGAACUUAAUUCAUUCCAGAGGUAAAUUCUUAAGCCGAAACCACUUGUAAUAUGAGGCGUGCUUUCACUAAUGGCGCCUCCCACUGCUGCGCGACAUCCGCUUGCAUCCCAGGGCAAAGUUCGCAACUGGGAGCAUCUACUUCUGGGUUAGCGGAGCUCGUAACCCAAAGCAUUUGCAAGGAGGACAGUACAUAACACGGGGUUCUACUGUACUGUAUUGAAUAUCAGAGUUUAAACAUUAUAAAAUAUCAGAGGUAGCACCUCUUCCCAUAUAGGCCUGCCGCAGUGUUGAGAUUUGCAGGGAAGGUCCUCUUUGUGGAUCUGCUGCCAUAUGUAGUUUGUUGGGCAACAGUGCAUGAGAAAGCCUUUUCAGUAGUGGCCCCAGACAUGCCCUUGGAGGUCUGUUUCACCUUGUCACCUUUUUGCAUAUGUCUUUGGGUUGCAAAAUGUGACAUGGUUUAAUUGUACUAAGCUGUAUAUAACCAGCUUUGGGAUUGCAUGGUGAAAUGCAGGCUACAAAUGCCUAUAAAAUAAUGAAAGGCUAGAUAUUAAUUUUCACAAAUUCUACUAAUAUUAAAUGUCACUGUUUCUCACCAUAUCUCCCCCUUUACCUUUUUGUCUCCUUGGGGUAGCAAGCUUCCUUUUUUUGUUUAUUUCGUUAAAUAUUUAUAAAUUGCACUUUCAUAAAAAUGCAAGGUGGAAUACAUCAAAGAAGACGGUACAGUGGUACCUCGGUUUAAGAACAAUUUGGUUUACAAACUCUGCAAAACUAGAAAGAGUGUCUUGGUUUGAGAACUUUACCUUGGUCUAAGAAUGGAAUCCGAACGGUGGAAGGUCACCGGUGGCAGGAGGCCUCAUUAGGGAAAGUGCGCCUUGGUUUAAGAACAGUUUUGGUUUAAGAAUGGACUUCCGGAACGGAUUAAGUUCGUAAACCGAGGUACCGCUGUAUAUGCUUUGUUCAUAUUAUUCCAUAAAACCCUCUGAGUUUGUAUCCAAGUGCAUCAUACUUUGAAUAGACCUCUUUACUUCAGUGGGGCUUCUCUGAAUAUGACUUACUUGGGUACAACCCAGUGUAUCUUGGUGAUGCAUGACAGAAUAACAUUAGUUUUUUGGUGGUUGAUAACUGGAUGCAUGCAUACAUUUAACAAUGCCUUGUUUUGUCUUUUUUUUUAGUACUCAAGGGAAAGAAGCUCAGUUUGCCAGCGUAAGUGCCAAAACUAACCGCCAGCAUCUGCCAUCCUGGAUGCUUAGACAGAACAAUCCUUACCACAAGCGAAAGGUGAAGAUGCUUGAAACAGACAGUCUCCCACGUCUCUUGCAAGAAUCAUUGGUGGGCUGUAUAGGACCAGAGAACAACCAGCUGACUUCUGUUUGAUGCAUCUUGCCUUUAUCUUUUUUUAUUACUAUGUAUAAAGAUUUUUUACAUAAAGAAACUUAAUACUGUGUGAAUUUAAUUCAGUGUGUAGUUUCAAUUGGAAUAGUUCCAAAAGUGAGAUUUUGUGGGGUUGUUUAUGACCAGGAAUAAGUGCAAACACUUCUUAUUUUCAAAUGAUUCUUUUUGAAUUACUGACUUGUUUCGGUGCACACAGGUGUGUGCUGACUGAUGGAUGGUAACCGUUCUUCUCUCUUGAUUUCAAAUUUCAUCCCACUGUAUUUAUUUACCCCCUAAAAAGUUGAACAUAGUGUGUCAACUGAAAUCAAACUACAAAUGACAAAAUUCUCACGGUAGGAUGUCACCAUUUCAUGAAUGUCCUUAGUUAUAAUUACUCCAUUUUAAAAUAAGAAUCAUUCUCCUAUAGUGUCUGCCAGUGCAUAUUGUCUGAUACCUCUCUUAACCUUCUGAAUACAUCAGCUUGAGAGUAUUUGGUGCCAAUGCAGGUUUUUUAAUAUAGAUUUCUUUGCUUUUGUGGUUUAGCAGCAGACAAUUUUUAUUUCAUUUUUUCAUUCAGGAUAAAAUGGUUCCUCAUUUUUUGAGUGCAUAAAGUUCUACUUUCAUUCACAGCAGCCUUAGUGUUGCAGCUGUAAGGAUGAACCUGUGAUAGUUGUCCAAUUGAAGUAAUCUUUAGGUGGCAAUUUUUAACUGUCUACAACUUUUUUUAAUACAAAUACUUUUACAAGUAAUGUCCAUGUUCAGCUUUCAAGCAGUUCUAGAUGUACCAGUUUUGGACAAUGAGUGUGAUUUUUUAUAAACUUAUUCCUGAAUCAGCAGCACCAAGUACUAUACUUCAUCAACUUUACAUGAUUCCCUUUUUUACUGAGCUGUUGCAUGACUUAUCCUGUGUUACCAUCCUAAAUAAACAUUUUAUGAAGUGGUAUACAUUGUGGUGGUGUUCUGGAACUAAGUCUCUACAACUUUUCUUUAAGAUUGGUUGUAGCAAUGUAAUUCUUUAAAAAUAAUUUGAUUGUGCUGACUUAUAAAAACAAAAGAGCUUUAUCUGCAGAUUAGGCAUGGCUUCUAAAGACACAAAUUCCCUCAAAUCUUGACAGUUACGAAUAUUUCACUGCAUUAGUAAGAGCCACAAAAGAGAAAUUAGUGUAACAAAGGUGUGAACAUAACAUAUUUAACUGGCACUUUGAAGACUGAAAAAAGUAAUUCCUGAGAAAUAUAUCAUACAAGCCAUUUCAUCUACAUUGUUAAUUACCAGCCUAUUUAAAUAUGUACAUGAUUACCUGUAAUCACCAGUUUUUAAAGCACAGAAUUCCCUAAUAAAUGAGACAUUUGGAUUUGGGCGUAGUUAGCCAAUUGGGGUUUCCUACCUACUCAGGUGCUGGAGAAGUCUGAACAAACUGUUGAGACUUAUUUCUCUCUUCCCUCCCCAACUUUGCUCAUUAAUUCUUUCCCCAAUACUUCUCCAAAAUGGGGAAGGCAAUUAUUGGAAGUGGUUAAAGAUUGGGGGCAAAUGCUGCAAAGACGGUCAUCCAGAAACGUGAAAGCUUCAAUCAUACCUGGAAACUAAUCUGGAAAAAUGCAGUGCCCAAGUCUCAAACCUCACUCAUGUAUAUGUCUAAUUUCUGUUACAAAUAUAUUUUCUCACUAC